UUUGGACGGACGAGCAAGCAGCAUGUCGUUGGCGUUCCUGGCGAAGAAGAGCUGGCAUACGUCCAACCUCAAGAACGUCGAGAAGGUAUGGAAGGCCGAGCAGAAGCAUGCGCAAGAAGAGAACAAGCUCCUCGAGCUGCGGAAAAACCUCGAGGAGGAGCGCCAGCUCAAAGAGCUCCGUGAGAUGCAAGCCAAAAUGUCGGGCGGCAAGGUCGAUCAAACGCAGCGCGUCGACUGGAUGUAUGAUGGUCCGAUGGCGGCGUCGCAGACCGAGCGCACGGCCGAGGACUAUUUGCUCGGGAAGGAAUACAAGCCCGCGCCCGAAGAGAACCAGCUCAAGCAACUCGCAGCGCAGCCAGGCUCGCUGUACAUGAGCGCUGCGCCGUCGGCCGUGAACGAUUCGUUCUCUCGCCUCAACGAAGACCCGAUGAUGAUGAUCAAGCGCCAGCAAAAAGCCGCGCAGCUCGCGGUGCUCAAGAACCCGGCCAAGAUGAAGCACCUCAAGGACAAGGUCGAGCAGGAGCUCUCGGAGCGCAAGGCAGCCAAGAAGGCCAAGAAGGAAGCCAAAAAGGCCAAGAAGGAGAAGAAGCGGGCCAAAGACUCGUCGCCCCCGCGGUCGGCGAGCCGUGAGAAAUCGACCCGCGGUCUCGCCCGAGAGCACCGCACUGCGCAGCACUCGAAGAGCCCGAUCCGGCAUCGCUCCCGAAGCCCUCGUCGCCGCAUUCCGGUGGAUGAUCGCCGACGUUCGCACAAGCGGUCGCUGAGCCCCCGGCGGCGGAGCCCGUCCAUGGAUCGGCGGCAAAGUCCCUCCAAAAGCAAGCGCCGCCGUUCGCGCAGCCCGAUUUUGCGGCAAAAGCGCAGCCAGAGUCCGCGGCGUCGGUCCCCAAGCCCGCGCCGCCGUCAUCACUCGCCGAGUCCGCGCCGCAGCCGUCGGUCAUCCAGCCCACGCCGCCGCCAGCGGUCCCCGAGCCCGCGUCGUGGUCGUCCCUCGCCGAGUCCUCGUCGUCGUCGCUCGCCAAGUCCUCGCCGUCGUUCGCCAAGCCCGACGUCGACCAAGCCAGUCUCGCCGGCCAAGGAGUCCACGAAGGCGCAGCCACCCCCACGCAAGGGGUACGGUCUCAUUGGCGGUGAAAAUGCGCGCAAGUGCAAGGACGUCGACACGGAGAGCUUGGGCCCGAGCCGCAAGCUGCUCGAGCUCGCGCGCCAAAAGAAGGAGCAAGACGCGGCCGCGCUUGACGAGCGACUCAAGCGGGCGCGCGUGAUGACGCAAACGGAUACGUCGGACCGCGACGCGCGUCUGCGGGAGAUGGCUGAGGACGCCAAGCGCCGCGAAGUCAUUUUGGAAGACCGGCUGCGCGCCAAAGAGGCGGCCAAAGCCAAAGAAGAUGCGUUGCCGCAGGAGUCCACCCACGGGUCGAACCCGACGUUCCUCCAAGAACUCAACCACGCUGCGUACAUUGGCUCGAACGAAACCAUGAGCGAGCGCUUGAACCGCAACAAACACUACAUUCAGCGCAAUGCCAACAGCAACAACUUUAUGAACUAACUAACAUUGGUGUCGUGUUCGACGUGCAUGACGAGUCGACCAUCACCCGACCAUGUCGGAG